GUCAUGGCAGAGACACCGGCGGAGGGAUGAAAACCACGGCUGGAGGAAAAUGCUGCUCACGUUAAGACUUGACUCUGUAAGGUCGUGUGUGAACAGACGGAAUAAUGUCUCGAGAUCCCUUGGACUGCUGAAAAGGUGUCUUUCGGGAAUAAGACACUCCGAUAGCGAAAAAGUUGACAAAAGUGAGACUACGACUGGAAGGUAUUUUGUGACAACACCUAUAUUCUAUGUGAAUGCAGAACCACACAUAGGUCAUGUACAUUCAGCCCUUUUGGCAGAUGCAGCUCAAAGGUUCCAGAAACUUCAAAACCCAGCAAUAAGUACAACAUUUUCCACCGGUACCGAUGAACAUGGUCUCAAAAUUCAGCAGUCGUCCAUGGCAUCAGACUGUGAUCCACUGGCGUUUUGUAACCAAGUUUCCCAUAAAUUCAAAGCGUUAUUUGACUUAGUGGAUAUUGGAUAUACAGACUAUAUACGAACAGUUGAAGAUAGACACAAAAUUGCUGUAGGACAUUUUUUUAACAAAUUGAAAGAUAAUGGACAUAUAUAUCAGGGAAAUUACAGUGGUUGGUACUGUGUAUCAGAUGAGGCCUACCUUACUGAGUUACAAGUUCGAGAAGUGCAGUUACAAUCUGGGGAAAAGCAACUGGUGAGUUUAGAAAGUGGACAUCCUGUGGAAUGGAACAGUGAAGACAAUUAUAUGUUCAGACUAUCAAGUUUCCAACAAGAUUUGCAGUAUUGGUUGAAUGAUGACCAGCGUGUGCAGCCUGAGAGGUACCUUCAACAACUUAGAGGAUGGGUCAGUGAAGAGUUACAUGACUUGUCAGUGUCUCGUCCCAAAAAGAGAGUGUCGUGGGGCAUUCCUGUACCAGGAGACAGCAAGCACACAAUAUAUGUCUGGGUAGAUGCACUUGUUAAUUACCUCACUGUUGCAGGAUAUCCUGAUCAAAUGGUAUGGCCUCCAGAUGUUCAAGUUUUAGGCAAAGAUAUACUACGAUUUCAUGGUAUUUACUGGCCUGCGCUCCUGAUGGCUGCAGGUUUAGAUCCUCCAAACAAACUCCUGUGUCAUUCUCAUUGGACAGUUGAAGGCGAAAAGAUGAGUAAGUCCAAAGGUAAUGUUGUCUGCCCAAAAGACCGUGUAGAGCGUUUCACAAGUGAUGGGUUACGAUAUUUUCUUCUUAGAGAAGGGACACCACAUUCAGACAGUAGUUGGAGUGACACUCGAGCAGUCCGCCUUCUAAAUGCUGAACUUGCCGAUUCCUUAGGUAAUUUAAUGAAUCGAUGCACAGCACAGUCUUUAAAUCCCCAUCAGCAAAGACCACCUCUAUGCCCACAGUACAAAGAAAAUAUGCCUUUAUCAGGUCAGAAACUGGUGGAACAGUUGGCUGUGCUUCCAGAUCUUGUGGAAAAGCAUUAUACAGAUUUUAAUUUUUAUCGUGGCAUUGAUGUGAUUAUGGCAGCUGUAAGGCAAGCAAAUGUUUUUGUGCAAGAAGAACGACCAUGGGAACUGAAGAACCAGACAGACAGAAGAAGGUUGGAUUCAGUACUGCGUGUAGCUUUAGAAGCAGUGUGUACAGCUGGUAUUGCACUUCAGCCUAUUGUACCAAGACUGGCAUCAUGUUUAUUGGAUGCCACAGGUGUACCAGAUCAUCAGCGCUGUUGGAACAGUUUGCGUGAAGGAUUUUAUAAUGUGAACCAAGAUGACCUGAGUACCUCCUACAAACUUGGAACACGUACUAAGCUGUUCAGAAAAAUAAAAGAUUAAUGUCUAUAUAUAUAUGUAUAUA